GUCUUAUCGGAUUCGAGUCAUAUUUAUACUACAACGAUGAUAUCCAAAAAGCUAUAGCCAUUGAUAUGCCGACUCUCAUCACGCAUGUAUCGUCAGAAUUUUAACGGAAAAAUUAAAAUGGCUAACAUCUUAGCAUUAUGUGUUAUUGCAUUGACGUUAACAUCGGCGUCUUUGGCAUCAGACUUCAUCGUUUUAUACUCUGAAGAUGAAAAGCAACUAGAAGCGGAAUAUGGAACAAAGACAUCAUCGAAGAAUCUGAAGCUAAGCUUCUAUGAAGAUUGCAUCGAUAAAGAACCAAAUGUUUGCACCCUAAAAACAGUUAACAAUGCAGACUACUUACGUUAUUUUACGGAAUCAGAAAAACCGGAGUGUAAGCAUUUCGAACAAAUCAGUGAGUCGAUGAAUGAUGUAUUGCAAUUUUGCGUCGAGUUCGAUAACAGUUCUUGGUUCGGUGGCGCCGAAGUAGGCUUACAGGAAUGGCCUCUGAAUAAACUAAACUGGACAGACAGAGAAUACGUGACAAAAGAAUCACACAGCCAAGCAGUGGUCGAGUCAUAUUUCUUCAACUCAGACGGUUUUUACAUACACAUUAACGAUUCAGUGGCCUUGUUCGUAGACAUCAAUGGCCCCAGACCGGGAAAAAUGUGUUUCGCCGCUAAGGUCGUUGCCCCUUAUAGAAAAAAUAGGAAUUUCAUGCAAUUCCGAGUUUGCAAAUUUAGCGAUCCCCGAAAAGCCCACGAAAACGCCAUUAAAGAUUUCCUCGGUUCACCCACUUCCAUACCCGAUCCUUACGUAGUGAAAUACCCGAUUUGGUCAACUUGGGCUAGGUACAAGUAUGAUGUCAACACAUCUUCCGUUUUGGGUUACGCAAAAGAAAUUGUCAAAAACGGAUUCGACAGAGGCACGUUCGAGAUCGACGACAAGUGGGAAACUUGCUACGGCAGUGCAAAGUUCAAUGAAAGUCGAUUCUUCAAUAUUAAUGAGACAGUAAAGGAAUUGAGAUCAUAUGGUUUCAAGACGUCCUUGUGGACACAUCCAUUCAUUAAUAACGAAUGUCCUAUUCACGAGGUGGCUAAGAAUAUGGGGUACUUUGUAAAUAGUACAACAGGCACAGUGAACUCUACUUGGUGGAAUGGAAAUGCCUCUUAUAUAGACUUCACAAAUCCCGAAGCAGCGGCAUGGUGGUCAAAUGGUCUACGCAGUUUACUCGCAACAUCUGGCAUUGAUACACUUAAGUUUGAUGCAGGAGAAGCCAGUUGGGGCCCUGUACUUCCGGUAUUUUACGAUGACGAUUUGACAUACUACCCCGAUAACAUUGUAAAUGCAUACCUCUCAACCAUCAAAUCUUUUGGCGCCGGCAUUGAGUACAGGGCGUCCAGAAGGAGUCAAUCAUUUGGUUGUUUGUUGAGAAUGAUUGACCGCGAGUCCCGGUGGACUUACGAAUUGGGAUUACCAACACUAGUCACAUCUCUGAUACAUCUGAACAUGGUUGGGUAUCCGUUUGUGUUACCGGACAUGAUCGGUGGAAACGGUUAUAACAACUUGCCGCCUUCCAAAGAGAUGUACAUCCGGUGGAUGCAAGCCGCUGUGUUCAUGCCAGUCAUACAGUUUUCGUACACUCCUUGGGACUUCGACUCACAGACAUUGGAAUUGUGCAGACAUUUCAUGGCACUCCGCAACAACUAUACCGACACAAUUGUGGAUUUAAUGAAACAAACUGUUGCACACGGAACCCCAGUGAAUCCUCCGGUCUGGUGGAUCGAUCCCACAAGCACAGAUGCACAUGCAAUCGAUAACCAAUUUCUGUUGGGUGAAAAUAUCCUGGUGGCUCCAGUGCUCGUCGAAGGUGCAACUACCCGUAAUAUUUACUUACCCAAGGGUAUGUGGAGGGACGAGAACCAUCCCCAAAGUCCACUAUUGUCCGGAAGAAUAUGGCUGAUCGAUUACCCUGCCAGCCUCGAAGUCCUUCCGUGGUUUACUAGAGUUAGUACCGAGAAUCAACCAGAACCAUCCAGUUCGGUUUGCCAUAUGUCGUCUGCAACUUAUAUUUUCGCCUUAGGUUUAAUUGCGUAUUUAUUCCGAUAAAAUUCAUGAUAUGUUGUUGAAUUUAUAGAUACCUAAAUAACUUAGUGUAAUAUAAUAUUAUAAUUUUGAUAUAUUUGAUUGUACAGCCAGUGAUCUAAUAAUGUAGUUGGAAUUCGAUUUAAUUUAUUCAACUGACGUGAUAUUAAUUAUAAUUAUUACUUAUGAUAUUUCA